AUGUCAACUCUCGAAGAGCUCGAUGCCCUUGAUCGCCAGGAGCGCGAUGACAAGAAAGACAAGAAGGAUGGUGACAAGAAGAAGCAAGCAGAUGGCGAUGCUGAAAUGAAAGAUGCCGAGGAGGACGACAUCCUCGACGCCGAAAUCCUAAGUCUGAGCACAGAAGAUAUCAAAACCCGCCGACGCCUGCUUGAGAAUGAUGCCAGAAUUAUGAGGAGCGAAUACCAACGGUUAUCGCACGAGAAGGCAACCAUGAAGGAAAAGAUCAAAGAGAAUCUUGAGAAAAUCGCAAAUAACAGGCAACUUCCUUACCUGGUCGGCAACGUUGUCGAGCUUCUGGAUUUGGAUCCGACUGAAGAGUCCUCUGAAGAGGGUGCCAAUGUCGACUUGGAUGCUACGCGCGUGGGCAAAUCGGCUGUCAUCAAGACUUCGACCAGGCAAACUAUCUUCCUGCCUCUCAUCGGCCUAGUCGACCCAAACAAGCUUAAACCCGGUGACCUUAUUGGUGUGAAUAAGGACUCGUAUCUUAUCCUUGACACCCUUCCGGCCGAGUAUGAUAGUCGUGUCAAGGCUAUGGAGGUCGACGAAAAGCCGACAGAAAAGUACAGCGAUGUAGGUGGUCUGGACAAGCAGAUUGAUGAACUUAUUGAGGCCAUCGUAUGGCCCAUGAAGGAAGCUGAGAGAUUCAAGAAGAUCGGCAUCAAGGCGCCGAAGGGUUGUCUCAUGUACGGCCCGCCAGGAACAGGCAAGACACUUCUUGCCAGGGCCUGCGCAGCGCAAACAGAUGCCACAUUCCUCAAGCUUGCUGGCCCGCAACUUGUCCAGAUGUUCAUCGGCGAUGGCGCCAAGCUUGUCCGCGACUGCUUCGCUUUGGCCAAGGAGAAGGCCCCGUCGAUCAUUUUCAUCGAUGAGCUCGACGCCGUCGGCACCAAGCGUUUCGACAGUGAAAAGAGUGGUGACCGUGAGGUCCAGCGUACCAUGCUUGAGCUUCUCAACCAGCUGGACGGCUUCGCGUCAGAUGAUCGGAUCAAGGUUAUCGCCGCCACAAACCGUAUCGACGUUCUUGAUCCCGCCCUGCUUAGGUCAGGGCGUCUCGAUCGCAAGAUUGAAUUUCCGCUGCCAAAUGAGGAGGCUCGCGCUCAGAUUCUCAAGAUCCACUCGCGCAAGAUGAAGGUCGAUCCUUCUGUCAACUGGAGCGAGUUGGCUCGCAGCACGGAUGAGUUUGGCGGUGCUAUGCUUAAAGCUGUGUGCGUCGAGGCUGGUAUGAUUGCUCUGCGUAUGGGCAAGAACAAGAUCAGCCACGAGCACUACGUCGAUGCUAUUGCGGAGGUGCAGGCCAAGAAGAAAGACACGGUCAACUUCUAUGCAUAA